UCUUGACCCAAUAGGAAUCGCCCCUUGUUGCAGAGCGGGCAUUUCGUUUCCCCCCGCUGGCAAUCAACCAAAAGAAGUUUCGUCACUCGCUUGCUUGCUGGAAAGUGUCAGGAGCAACGCGUAGUGCGAAGGAGCUACGAGCACGCCAACGAAACUGAGCCUCGUCGCCAACUGCAAGCAGCUCGAGCUGCUCCGUCUCUCACCGGCGAAGACUUCGGCAACUCGAAGUGUUUUCGCUGGUACAAUCCCAAGUUCUCCGUUUCGUCACCUCCUCACUCGGCAAUUGGCCCUCCAAGCGCCACUUAGCGCCAAAGAGGCGUGCUCUAAAGUGCGAUCCCCCACCAAAUUGAAACACUCCAACCACCAACAGAGAAUUCCAGAGAACGAAGCAAAUCCACUCCCAGUACGCGACGGAGUUGCGAUGCCACUUUCCAUCUCGUUUUACCACAACAAACGCGGCGAAAGCGCGACCAGCUCGUACCAGAGUGUGGCGCUACACGACAGAGCGAAGGUCAAGCACAAAAUGGCGUUACCCUGCGAGUUCUACCGCAACAUUUGGGGUCCAACCGAGGAUGAAGACGCAGCGCUACGGCGUCGCGCACGCUCCACCAAAUCCGGCCGCUCCCCGGCUUCAGCAGCGUCGCGUAAGUUCAAGAAGCGAGUGGCAACGGGACCUCUCGUCGACAUUGCACAAGUGGCGCACGUGGUUACGACCAUGUCGGACUUCCGCGCCGACUACGGUGAGGAUUCCAAGAAGGUGAGACUCGUCAAUAUUUGGGACGAUCGCAGCCUCGCGUUAGGAUUAGAAUCUGGCUCGGACAAGUCGUCUGGCACUAGUACAGGAAGUGAUAAAGGUCCUUCCACUGCUGAUACCGAGCCGGAGGAAAUCAUGUCUCCCAUCUGCAGUCGAGCAGAUAGAAUCACAGAACUCAGCUGCGAAGACAGCGACGAUGAUCUCAGCAGCUUAGCGUCCUCACUGGUGACCCGACAUCGACCAGGCGAGCUGAAGCGAGCCAAAACGCCCGAGAUAGUUUUCCCGAACGUCAAAAAGCACGUCAAUGGACGUGGCAUUGGCAGUGACAAGUCGGGUAGAAAGGAACUCAACUUUAAGAACUUACCAGUUCCUCCUCCGUCGUCACACAAUGGCAGCGUCAUUUUUAGUGCCGUGUUCUCUGAACAGCGGGACUGGAGUUGGAGCGCCAAGUUCCUCUUGGGAAUCCACGAGCCCAUUCGUCACGCGCUCUUCGUCAUGGACAGAUUCUUGGAGCAGUCUCAGAGUCAGUCUAAACCUGAAGCUUCACACACAUUGGCACUGGAAGCCCACGUGGCAGAGUUCUUCCUCUGGUUCAAGACUUAUUUCGUCGAGUAUUUGCUGUGCCAGCAUGAGGUCAAGGCAGCCGUGUUGUUGCCGAUGCUCAACUUGCCAGUGUCGACCAAGCAGCAAAUUCUGGAUGUGUACCAGGAUAUCAAGCAAAUGCUGGCGCAAAUUCAGCAGCUUGAGCGUGCGUUGUGUGUCAGUGGAGCGUGCAGUGCGUCAUCAUGGCUGCUGCGGCUUCAAGUACUGCAGACCGAGAUCAGACAACUGAAUCGUACCCUUCACUCAGCGUUGAAUAUGGAGGAGACAACGCUACAUUCAGCUAUGAGCGCUGCAUUCACGGAACGAGCAUUUCGAAGCCACAUUAUGCCUCGUGUAUUCCGCGCUAUCCGGGCCAAACGUGUCGUGGUGCCGUGGAUCGUUGAGCGCAGCAAGAUUUGGGGAGGUGAAAGUGAACAGCGCAGUAUUCAGGGUAUGUUGCCCUUUUCAGCCAAGUUCAUGUACCGCAAAAUCUGGCGACCAUACUUCAUGAGCAAUGUGGCAGUGGCGAUGAAGAAUCUCAACGAAUUUGUGUGUUCUCCAGACUCGAACAGUAGUGCCAGCAGCGGAUCGACAUAUAGCGAACGCAACGGGGAAAUGUGCACUAUCAUGUGAAGCGUCAGCAAGGUGGCAGUCUUUCGUCCUCUUUUUUUUUCUGAAAGCUCUACAGCUAUUUAUUAUGGACCAACCUCAUCCAUUUCGAACGUGUGUCGUGGCGUGACCUGAGCUUGCGAAGUCUAAUAGUCUAAGCAGUGAGUAGAAACGUCAUAAUCAAUGAAAGUGCUUUCUGAAUCGUUUACCUC